GCCAUAGCGUUAGGCAGACUGGGUCUUUCCAAAGCGAAAAGACUCUGACUCCAUCUGCUUGGUCAUCAACUACUCUACCAGCAACCUGAGCACGCUAUUUAUCCGACAUGUCUUUUCGUCCUUCUCGAGAUUCAUAUGCGAGCUUAGCCAACAAAACAGCCCGGCAAAAGAGGUAUCUGCGCAGUUAGCGUUCUCUGGGUUGCAGCGCAGAGGGGACAAUACCAACGAUGUCUGUCGUGAAGAUCUUCCGAUCGGUACGCAAAAUCACGGUGCCGCCGCCUCCUUUCGUUCAUCGUUCAGUAUCUUCCCGUGAUGUGCGUGCAGGAUCUGCCCAAGAAGGAUCAGAAGUUCGUGCGCGACGCCAUCGUCGCGCUCGACGAGCAGCUGCGGCUCAACACCAAGGAUGGACGUGUGGACCCCCGGGCAGAUGAGUUCGCCGCUGCCAUUCAGCGAGUGCUCGACAAGCGAUUCCAGCCCUCGUUCCACGUGCUCGUCGGCUUCGGCACACAGCUGGGCUAUGCACUCAAGUAUCGGCCAGGCACUAUGGGCCUAUUCCGGCUGAAUGAGACCACCGUGCUGGUCUACAAGAGCCCACGAGUAGAGAUCCUGCCGAGUGGACGGGUGGCUGGUGCGCCGAGCGACCCGGCAGCGCCGCACAGCGAAGAAUAUGGCGCGUCUAGGACAGGUACACAUACAAGGGAAGAAGGGACAGGAAUGAGCCAAGAAGCGCCCAGCUGAUGUGUUCGUAUCGCAGAUAGUGGUGCCACUCCUGCAGAGGACGACAGCAGAGAGGAUGGAUCUCCUGGCGGCAAGCGCAUCAGAGUGGUGGAGGCCUCACCCGACCCAGAUGACCAGGACAGCCCCGCCAGCUGUGCCGUCAAGCGGGCGCUCUCCAUUGUCACUCAGCGCGUCAAGACUGAGGACACCAAGGACUUCCAGCUGCUUGCACAGGAGGUCAGGCGGCAGCUGACGGACCAGCUGGGCCCCAUAUGGCACGUCAUGGUGGGGAGGGACUUCGUCACGUGCCGCCCCAAGGGGUGCCGGAGCUAUCUGCUGCUGCAGUGGGGCAGGCAUCGCGUGCAGUGCUACCAGCAUGAGCAGGGGGCGUCGCAAGGGGGGCUGCUCGGGCUCAUGAUGAAGGGCGACAUGUGGGGCUUUGUGACCUUCCUGGCCAUGGUGCUCUUCUUUCUCGUGCUCACUUUUCGGAAGCAGCUGUGCGGUGUGAAUGCGGUGGAGAUCCCGAGCGACUUUGGCAUCGUGGGCACCAUCCUCACCGACAUAUAUCGCACGUAAGGCUUGGGGACGGGAGAUGGAGGGAUGGAGGGAGGGGCACAGAGAGAGACGCACAAGCAUUGACGCCCCUUUGCGCUGUGUUUGUGUGUUUGUGUGUGUGCGUGUGUGUUUCUGGGCAGUGUGUGUUCGGAGGCGGCGUCAGACGUGCUGCUGUUCGGUCUGUUCGUGCUCUUCGUCGCAUCCAUGGCCAUGAAGUUCGUCAAGGCCAGAAUGAAGAGGGAGUGAUGCGCUGAUGGCCGGCUUUUCGCUGAAAUAAGGCAUUGGUGCAUAUUUGUGCUGUGUGAGCGACAGCCGUACCCAGUUGCGGGAAUCACACACACCAGUUGCGGGAAUCACAAACCGCUGAUCAAGCAGAGGGGCGAACGACAAUUGUGACAGGCGGUGGUUGGUGGGGGUAGCUGUCUGAAUGUGUUUUAGUUUGGCCGCCAGGGGCAGCACGGAGGGUGGGGAGCUUUCUGCCAUGGCAAUCCAAUCUGCUCAGCGAUGCGUGGCUAUGUAAAUGGACCGUACAAAUGCC